AUGCUUUUCUUAUCAAAUUGCCAAUUAUAUACAAACUUUCAAUUAAAAUCUAAUCUAUUUAUCAGCUCACUAUGUUCGAAACGUACAUUUAAUACAUCUGGUACAUUAUUAUUAAAUUCAAAAAGAGCAGUAUUUCGUAAACGAAAUUCAGUAGGCCAAAAAACGCGGCAACCACCCACAAAACAAACCUUACCAAGAUAUCAUGGAAGCAAUACACCGAGCGGCAGUUUUAGCGUAGAUAAAUUCAAAAUUAAUAAUAAUUUAAAAUCGCUAAAUUCGACAAGGCAACAAAAACGUCAAAUUCCGACAAAUAAAUAUAUUAAACCUUCAAUUCCAGUGUCAAAAAAAACGCGUGGCCAUAUUCCAGCAAAAUUUAAAUUAUUACCAAUUGAAAGUGAUGUGAAAUUAACCGAAAACAAACACCAGAACGCUUCAGAAAACACCACAAAUGAUUUGUCAAACAAACAAAAAUCUUCGCGACAAGAAAAUUUAGAGUUAUUAAAUCUAAAAGGAAAAUCUACUAAAUUGGACUCUCUUCAUCUUGAGCAUUUAACAUUCGAAUCGAUGAAUUUAAGACAAGAAGUCUUAGAAGCAAUUAGUCAAGGACCAUUAAAAGAAGUUGACCCUUUACGACCGACAGAAAUUCAAGCUUUAACUAUACCAGAAAUUUUAAAUUCUGAGAGGCAGCAUAUUUUAUGUGCAGCUGAAACCGGUAGCGGUAAAACUUUAGCUUAUCUGUUGCCUAUCAUUAAUAAAAUUAAAGAUCAAGAAAUAAAAGCACGACCAUUUCCUUCAAUGAUUGAUGGAAACGAGGACAAAAAGUUAGAACAAACACUAUUAAAAUCAUCCAUAAGACAAUUAAAUCGACCUAGGGCCAUCGUUCUUUUGCCAUCAAGAGAAUUAGUUGAGCAAGUUCUUUCAGUUUCCAAACAUUUGUCUCAUUUUGCGAAAUUUCGAUCUAUAGCAAUCACCUCUCACAAAAAUCGUCGAUUUGUACGUAAAACACUUUUAAUGCCAACGGAUUUAGUUGUAGCAACUCCAGCAGGGUUAAUAGAAUACAUUGAAGGGAAGAAUAUUUCAUUGUCAGAAACUCGUUAUUUGGUUAUCGAUGAAGCCGAUACGAUGUUUAAUAAAGGAUUUGAUGAAGAUGUCAGCUCAAUUAUUGAACAAGUUAAACGUUCAAACUUAACACAAGAUAAUCGUCCAUAUCAAGUUAUAGUGGUAACAGCGACUUUACCGAAAACUGUUAAUGAAAUGUUAAGUAAAGAGUUACCGUUUAUGAAACGUAUAACUUCACAUUCUUUACAUAAAUCUUUACCAAAUCUUUCACAUAAUUUUAUUGAUUUAAAACAAUUUAAUUAUAAUAAACUUGAAGCUAUCUUACAAAUCUUGAAAACCUAUUCUACAUCUGCAUCAACUAUGAUCUUUUGCAACAGAAAACUAACGGCCGAGCGAUUAGAAGCGUUCCUUCACUCAAAAAGCUUACCAGUGAUAGGAUUAUAUGGAGACAUAGACGAUAGAACAACUAAAUUAGAAUCAUUCCGAAAUCAAGAGCCUCACGCUAAAAUUCUUGUAUGUACGGAUCUUGCUUCCAGAGGUUUUGAUACUACUUUUGUAGAUCAUGUGAUACUUUUUGAUUUCCCCACCACUGUCGUGGAUUUUCUCCAUAGAGUUGGUAGGACUGCUAGAGCCGGAAAACGUGGUAAAGCAACGUAUUUUAUUUCAAAGAAAAAUCGAGAAUUGGCUGAAAGGAUUAAAAGAAAUAUAAGAGAUAGAAGGGUUUUAUCGUAA